AUGGUAACUGAACACAUGGGGACUGAACAACCUAACGAACAGCCUAAGCCUGGCGUAGACUAUUCUGACUACUACAAGUAUCUGAUGGAAAAUCCUUGGAUUCAGCAGGCGAUUGCAACAUACGACUGGACGAAACACAGCUCAAAAUUGCUGGAAUCUACACUGGAUCGUGUAGAGUCAAGUGUACAGGCGGCAGCGCAAACUGCCACGCAAAAAGCAUACGACGCUCAUCAGAACUACUAUGUUCGUAUCAACGACAGCGUCACAAAUGCCUAUAAUUCAGGGAUGGAAAAGACCAUGUCAGCAGUGGAAACAUCGAAGAAUGUGGCAGUUCAAGGAGGUACAUUUGGUAUUGGAGCGGCAGUGGUUGCUACACAGGUA